GCGUUGACCGUGGGCGACAAAGGUUGCGAGGCACUGCUACAGGCCCACCUUCGAUUAGAGGGCACCGGGGCAGCGAGCGGUGUCGCAGGCGUGGUGGAAGCAUCUGGAGGUCGGCGCUAUCUGCUGCUGGAGGGCCACCACGGUGACCUGCACGCAUACGUGAGGGCGCGUAGGAGACUGCGGGAACCGGAGGCGAGGCGGCUCUUCCGGCAAGCAGCCAGGGCUGUAGCUAUCUGCCACGAGUACGGGGUCGUGCUCAGAGAUUUGAAACUCAGGAAAUUCGUUUUCGCUGACGAAACAAGAACACGACUUCGCUUGGAAAGCCUAGAGGAUGCUGUAAUCGUGGAAGGUGACGACGACAAACUGACCGAUCGACGAGGUUGUCCGGCAUAUGUGGCACCGGAAGUUCUACGCUCGGGACGAGCUUAUUCCGGCAAGGCAGCCGACAUUUGGUCGCUUGGCGUGCUCCUCUACACGAUGCUGGUCGGUCGUUACCCGUUCAACGACGCCGAGCACGCGUCUCUGUUCGCAAAGAUCUCACGUGGUCAGUUCGCAGUACCGGAAGGUCUGAGCCCACGUGCCCGAUGUUUGAUCCGCUCGCUGCUGAGAAAGGAACCGUCCGAGAGGCCGUACGCGGAGGACGUGCCGAGGCAUCCGUGGCUCGCGAAACCGUUGCGAGUCUGUUGCACCACCUCCAGCAGAUCCUCCUGCCAGGAUCAGAUCGUACCAGAGCUACCUAACAAUCCUCAAGACUGA